AUGCGUCUUCUCUUCUUUUCUCUGACCGGAUUGCUGGCGAUCGUCGGAGCCUUUCAUAUACCCGGCAGGGGCUUCGAUAGGUUCAUUUCCAUUUGGCUGGAAAACCAGGCAUGUAUGCCCACAUCCCUUGAUGGCCGACGCCCUUCGCUAAAGUUGGUUGCCCAACAGGAUUUUGCCAAAGUUGUUAAAGAUUCCCACAUUGUUGAUCUCAAGAAAGAGGGGAUUUUGCUUACCAACUACUAUGCGCAUACCCACCCCAGCCAGGCCAACUACAUUGCAGCUCUCGCCGGAGAUUACUUUGGCAUGAACCACGACGAACGGGUGCGACUGCCGUUAAACAUCUCUACCAUCGUGGAUCUUCUCGACUGGCGGGGUCUAUCAUGGAAAGCGUACAUGGAAGACAUUCCCGGCCCGGGUUACUUGGCCGCUGCCAGCGACGGCCAAACCGGUGGUGGAAAGUGGGACUAUGUACGGAAACACAACCCCUUUGUGUCAUUCGACUCCAUCAGCCUGAACGGAACCCGCCUGCUCAACAUCGAAGGAUUUGACGACUUCAAGAUAGACUUCGAAAAGAAGCAGGUGCCCCAAUGGGUAUUCAUGUCUCCCAACCAAAUGAACGAUGGCCACAACACAUCUCUAGAGUAUGCGACAAAAUGGGCGCAAGAUUUCCUGAAGCCGAUGCUCGCCCCAGGAGCCUUCAAAGAGCGCACGCUUAUCCUUCUCACCUACGAUGAGUCUGAAGAUUACGGGAAACCAAACAAGAUUGCGUCAUUACUCUUGGGCAGCGCGAUCCCUAAGGAUAGAAGGGGGACGGAAGACAAAACCUUCUAUACGCAUUACUCAAUGCUGUCGACAGUUGAGUUCAACUGGGAGACCCCAAAUCUUGGGCGUUACGACGUUGGGGCCAACAUCUUCCAAUUCGUACAAGACCUUGGUAGCAGAGUGCUUGUACCGAACAAAGAUCCACCCAACAUGGGUUCUGUGGACAACUCGGAGUCGUACUUCGGACCGCUCAAUGGCGAUGCGAGCAAGUUCCGUCCCUAUCCGCCCCCGAAUCUUUCCCUCAAUGGGUCCAGCGGACUUCCUAUCCUGGAGCAUACUCGGUUACAAUGGGUUUUCCACAACCAGCCGACGCCAUAUGAUGGGAAAGGCACCCUCUACGACGCCAAUUUCCAACCUCAGUACAUUCCCCAGGCCGUCCAGUAG